AUGUAACUAAAAAACAAACAAAGUUUAACAAAGAUUGAUGAAGGACUUUAAGCAGAUGUAUAAAUGAAAAAAUAUUAGAUUUAUGAAUUGCCUUAUAAAGACUUGUAUUAUGCUAUCAAAAUAUUUAAAGAGACCACAACUUAAGAUGAAAGAAUUGGAGAAAUUUAAGCCAGCCAAAAAAUCAAGAGUAAAUAUAUUAUAGUUUAUGUUUGUCAUGACGAAGAAAAAUUUGAAUGGAUAUUAUAUGAAAAAUUUGGUGACUAUAAUCUGCAAUAAUACCUUCAACAUUUUAAACUAGAAUAAUAUCACGUUAACUAUAUUUUUACUCAAAUUAUUGAAGGAUAUUAUGACAUUUUAUAAUCUGGCUAUUACCACUGCGACCUAAAGACUGCCAACGUAUUAGUGGAUUCCUCUACAUUAUAAAUCAAAAUAUGUGACUUAGGAUUUGCAAAUUAAAUAUAAUAAAAGAUUAAAAGCAGAAGAGGAUCAAGAGGUUACUUCGCACCAGAAUUCUUUUUAGACGGUGCUAAUUUUCUUAAUGAAAAAACAGAAGUAUUUGCGAUGGGAGUAAUAUUGUAUUAGCUUUUAACAAAUGAAUUCCCUUAUAAUAAUUAAAAUAACUGUUAGAAAUGGAUAUAAAUAACAAAAAGUAAUUGGAAAGAUUUUUGGAAAAACAAAAGAAUUCCUUAGUAAUAUAAGGAAAUAAUAUAGAAUGUAUUUGAAAUGGAUCCUAAUAAAAGAUGUAAUAUAAAUUAUUUAUAAAACAUCUUUCAUUUUUGA